UUUGAAGUGGAAGUUCAUGUCUGUCCAUAGCUGGAGAUGGGAACUGUCCUUCCUACCACCAUGGAUGUAUCCACAAAAGCUGUGGACACCCCCAUCAACCCUCCUAAAGACCUCGAUGCUGGAGCUCUCCUCGUCCUCAAAUCCAAAGGGUCAUGGUUGCACUGUGGAUACCAUCUGACGACCUCCAUAGUGGCACCAGUGCUGCUGAGUCUACCAUAUGCAAUGGGGCUGCUAGGAUGGGUGGCUGGAGUCGUGUGGCUAGCCUUGGCCGCGCUUGUCACUUUCUAUUCCUAUAAUCUCCUAUCUUUGGUUCUGGAGCACCACGCCAAGCUCGGGCAUCGCCAUCUUCGCUUCCGGGACAUGGCCACACAUAUUUUAGGGCCUCGAUGGGGAAGAUAUUUCGUGGGGCCGCUCCAAUUUGUGAUAUGCUAUGGUGCAGUUAUUGUUUGUUCUCUUCUUGGAGGGCAGAGCCUCAAGUUCAUCUACUUGCUCUGUAGGCCAAAUGGUGGCAUGCAGCUUUACCAGUUUAUUAUAAUGUUUGGAGUGCUACUGUUGUUCUUGGCACAAAUUCCAUCCUUCCAUUCCCUAAGGCACAUCAACCUCGUCUCUCUAGUCCUCUGUCUUGCCUACAGCGCUUGCGCAGCAGCCGGGUCCAUACACAUUGGAAGCUCUAGCAAGGCGCCUCCAAAGGAUUAUUCUCUCAGUGAUGAUAGAGCAAAUCGUUUAUUUGGUGCAUUUAAUGGCAUCUCAAUCAUCGCCACCACAUAUGCAAGUGGAAUCAUUCCUGAAAUUCAGGCAACCAUAGCGCCUCCAGUGACCGGGAAGAUGUUCAAAGGACUGUGUAUCUGCUACACUGUCAUAAUCUUGACAUAUUUCAGUGUAGGAAUAUCUGGCUACUGGGCAUUUGGCAAUGAUGCUCAAGGAUCAGUCCUUUCCAAUUUUAUAGAUGGUGAUAACCCCUUGCUGCCCACUUGGUUUCUUUUGAUGACCAAUGUCUUCACUCUUACACAACUAGCCGCUGUCAGUGUGGUUUACUUGCAACCUACAAAUGAAGUUCUAGAGGGCCUUUUCGCAAACCCGAAGAAGGAUCCGUUUUCCCUUCGCAACACCAUACCAAGGUUGAUUUUCCGGUCCCUAACAGUGGUCAUAGGAGUAACUAUCGCUGCAAUGCUACCAUUUUUUGGAGACAUCAUGGCAUUGUUUGGGGCAUUGGGAUGCAUACCUCUUGAUUUUAUAUUGCCUAUGAUAUUCUAUAAUGUGAGCUUCAAACCCUCCAAAAGAAGCCUAGUUUUUUGGAUAAACACAACCAUUGCAGUGGUGUCCUCGGCACUGGCAGCAGUGGGGGCAGUGUCGUCGGUUAGACAGAUGGUCCUUGAUACCAAGACGUAUCACUUGUUCGCUAACGUGUAAGGCGUAAAACGAUUGUAUAUGUUGGUGUUCAUAUGACACCAGGACGAGUUCAGUUGAUCUAAAAUUGGCCUAUAGGCCCGAUUACAUA